AUGUCCACUCAAACAAUCCAGAAACUGAACACGGGCGCCGCUAUCCCAGCUCUGGGCUUUGGAACUUGGCAAGAUCAAGAAGCCCAAGAGAAUGCCGUCUUUGAGGCUCUAAAGGCCGGCUACCGCCACAUCGAUACUGCGCAUAUCUACGGCACCGAGCCAGCCGUCAAGUCUGCCAUCAAGAGAUCCGGUGUGGACCGGAAGAGCCUUUUUAUCACCACCAAGCUCUGGAAUAAUGCACACGCGCCAGAGGAUGUUGAGCCGGCCCUCGACUUAUCUCUCAAGGCACUUGGGACAGACUAUGUCGACCUAUAUCUGAUGCACUGGCCAGGAGCAUUCAAGUCCGGCUCGGAACUCAUGCCCAAGGACGCAAAGGGCAAGAUGGAGACGGCGCAGAUCGACUACGUUGACACGUGGAAGGCGAUGGAGAAGCUGCUCCAGACGGGAAAGACGAAGGCGAUAGGCGUGUGCAAUUUCAACAAGCAGGAGAUGGAGAGGAUCCUGAAGGAAGGCACCGUGGUACCUGCAAUGCACCAGCUCGAGAUGCAUCCGUGGCUACAGCAGAAGUGCUUGGCUGAGUGGCAUAAGGAGAAGGGGAUCCAUAUCACGCAGUACUCCCCGUUCGGGAAUCUGAAUCAGUCCUACGACUCUGGGAAGAGCUUGGGGAAGUUGACGGAUGAGCCUACACUCGUCGAGAUCGGGAAGAAGUAUGGAAAGUCCGGCGCACAGGUUGCGCUUGCUUGGGGCAUUGCGCAUGGCAGAUGUGUGGUGCCAAAGAGCAAGACGCCAGCGAGGAUUAAGGCUAAUCUAGAGGCCGACUUCAAGCUAGAGGCAGAGGACGUGAAGAAAGUUGAUGGGCUGGAUAAAAAAUUGAGGUUCAACGAUCCUUCGGACUCGUUUGGGUACACGUUCUUCACUGGUCUGGACGGAAAGAAAUAA